AUGGAUAUGCAGGUUGUCUACGACCUUUUAGGGGAAAAUGCCUGGUUGUACAUCAGUGGUACCUUCGUGGUGUUGUGGAUUGUCAUUUGGCUCUACAGAGACAGCAUUGAGAUCGACAAAAUCUCUGAAAAGUACGUCUUUGUAACCGGCUGCGACUCCGGGUUUGGAAAUCUGCUUUGUAAGAAGCUGGAUCGCAAAGGUUUCAAAGUGCUUGCCGGCUGCCUCACAGAAAAGGGAGCUGAUGACCUGAAGAGGGUGGCGGGGCCUCAUUUAAAGACCGUUCUGCUGGAUGUGACCAAUCAGGACAGCAUCGAGAAAGCCAUGGAGUGGACCAAGAAGGAGGUCGGCGAAAAGGGACUUUGGGGUAUUGUGAACAAUGCUGGACGUGCAUUACCCAUGGGCCCUUCAGAGUGGAUGAAAGUGGAGGAUUUCCACAGCACACUGAAAGUCAACAUGAACGGAGUGAUUGCCAUGACGAUGAUCUUCCUGCCGCUCAUCAAAAAGGCUCGCGGACGUAUUGUGAAUGUGGCCUCAGUGCUUGGGAGGGUGGCUGCAAACGGGGGCGGAUACUGCAUCUCUAAGUUUGCAGUGGAGUCUUUCUCUGACUGCCUUAGGAGAGAUAUAAACUACUUUGGAAUCAACGUGUGCAUCAUUGAGCCAGGGUUUUUCAAGACAGCGGUGACGAGCCUGGAUCCCCUUGAGCGGGAGCUGCAUCGCCUCUGGAACCAGCUCAGCCCUGAGGUGCAAGCCAGCUAUGGAGACAAGUACCUGGAUAAAUACAUCAAGGUCCAGCGUUUGAUCAUGAACGCUAUCUGCGACACCGACCUCAGCAAGGUGACCAACUGCAUGGAGCACGCUCUGACCUCUGCAUACCCUCGCACCAGAUACAGCGCCGGCUGGGACGCCAAGCUGCUCUGGAUCCCGCUGUCUUACAUGCCUUCAUGUGUGGUUGAUAUCGGGCUGAGGCUGGUUCUGCCUCGUCCUUUAAAGAGCGUGUAACUCACACUGUCUUCAAAGUUAUGAGUCUUUUUAUGUCAGUCUGAUGCAGUACUUGGUGUUGGCUCAAAGGAUUUUUUUUUGCCUUUCAAUAUGCCCAUAUUCCUUAUCUACACUGGCCAUGCAGUGAUCAGAUGAUGCAUUUUAUUUUCUAUUUUUAUAUGUGCACAAUCUGCCAUGUGAAAAAAUCACUUUCUGAUGUCUGCUUGAAACAGUUGGAAAAUAUGGAAGAAAAUAAUGAAACUGCAUUGCUUAAUUGUAUAUUUUAUGUUUGUUUGUUUGUUAACGCUCUGCUGUGCCUGUUGAUGCUGUU